CUGUGUGUGGAUGAAUCUCCCUGCUCUCUCCUGAAGCAUGGAGUCUGCCUUUAGGAGCACGGCAGGACUUGCAGGGACAGUGGCCAUGCAGAGCAGCCCCUCAGGGAGACGAAAGCGGCUGCACUGCCAGUCACAGCCAGCCAAAAAGAAGAUAAAGGAAGACGAGGAGGUGGAGAAGCAAAAGCAGAAUGAGGCGGCAGAGGCGCCCCAGAGCAGACAGCAGAGCAAGGGGCGCACGCUGUGGCGCAAACUCCAGGCGGGCUUCCGUCAUGCUUUGGAAAGGAUGAAGAAUGAGGAGAUGAAAGUAACCUACCUGAGCCAUGGCCUACAGCACCUCUGCCGCAUUGCCUUGGUCAGCCCUGUGCGCUACGUGACACAUGAUUCACACAAGAGGAUUUUUGUGGUGCUUGACUCAGAGAACAUGUUGCACUUCGUGAGGGAGGACGGCUCCUACAAGAGUGGCAAGAGAGCACCUGCUCCCAUGACGGGGCUCUUGUAUGCCACUCAGGUCAACCAGUUUGUGGCCUGGGACGAUGGGGGGCUCCAGGUCCUGGACUCUGGCUUCCAGCUGCUCUCCCAGGUGCAGUCCACCCUGCCAAUCCGAUGUGGCCUUUAUAGCGAGUAUCUGAACCGGAUUGUGACAGCUGGAGACGGAAACUUCACCAUCUGGGACUUCCGCUAUGGUUUCCGGAGUCUGCAGUGCCGCGUUAUUGUGACCGAGGGCCUGGGGCCUGGUGAUGUCUUCAGCCACCUAGCCUUGGAUGCCAGUAGCACUGAUCCCCACCGCUGUUUUGCCUCUUGUGACACGGGCGCUGCUGCCUUUGAUGUCUCCAAGGGAAAACUCAUGUCUUUCAAGAAGGAGCUUCACAGCAGGGUGAUCACGGAUAUCACUUACUGCGAAGCGAUUGGCUGUGCUAUUACAGCCUCACGAGACACCACCAUCAAGGUCUGGGACAAGAACUGGCACAUUCAGACGGUCUUUGUGGGCCAUACUGCUCCAGUCAUUGCAGUGACCAUCUACCCUCAGAGGCCCCUCAUCUUCUCUGCCUCCCAAGAUGGAACUAUUCGCACUUGGAACCUGGACACGAUUGACCAGGUGGACCAGGUCCACAUCUCUGAGCCCAUAGAAGUCCUGGAGACCAAAACCACCUCGCGCGUCAUCUCCGUCUCUGGCGCGUCCCUGAACCUCUGGAAGAUCAACAAGCUCUAUUCGCUGUAUACGUCUGUGGGGUCUCCCAUCAAGCGCCUCAGCUGCAUCAACCUGAUGGCCCUGGGCAACUUCCCCGUCCGCAUCCUCUGUGUCUGCCAGGACUCCACGGUGAGGAUGGUGGAUGCGCAAAGCGGCAUCAUCCUCUCUGUCCUCUUCUUGGACAACCCCCUCCAGGCCCUGGACAUGGCUUACUGCUUGCCCCGGGAGACCCUCUUUGUGCUGGUGGAGGAUGGGACCUUGCUGCGUGCCAACAGUGCCCUCGACCCCAUGCCAGUGAAGAAGAGCAUGCCAAGCAGCAGCUGGGAAUCCAGCCCCUGCUCCCUCCUGGUCUACAGCCACAUGGUGGACCCUGAGAGGGCAUACUCCGAGUGGCUGGAAGUGGUGGACAGCAAAGGCUACCGGAUGCACUGGCAGAAGGUCCCACAAAAAAUGCAGGAGAAAAACAGGUACAUGCUAAUUUUAGGACACAAAACUGGGUUCCUCACCAUAAUGGAAUGGUCUCUGAGCCGAACCCAGUACAAAGUGGAGGCUCACGGCUCUGCACCAGUCACAGCGUUGGCUGAAUACCCCACGCAGACAUGCAUCAUUUCAGCUGGAGCUGAUCUCACGGUGAAGAUGUGGCGCAUUUUCCCCUACACUAUGGAGUGCCUGGUCCCGCUCAUGUGCUUCUCCUGCGCCUCCCCUGCGUUGCACAUGUGCUCCCUGGGGGAGACACUGGCUGUGGCCUUCCAAGAUCCUGAAACCGUCACCUACAGCAUCACCUACUAUAACCUGAUGGAGCAGACACGCUGUGAGCAUGGGCCCGAAGAUGACGCACAGGAUGGCAUUGCAGGCCUGUGCUGCUGCCCCAACCUGAAGCUCUUUGCCUCUGCCAGCAGGGAUGGCUCCGUGAAGGUGUGGGACAUCAACAACAAGCUGCUGCGGCACCUGAAGCUGAACACGAUCCCGGAGAGCCUGGCUUUUGCCAACGAUUGGGGGGACCUGCUGGUCGGCAUUGAGCGGCACCUCUACCUCAUCCACCAUAACAAGUACUUGCCCAGCUACUACAAGAUGAAGCUGAUGUGUGCAAAGUUCCUGGAGCCCAUCAAGGACGUCCCCCUCCCACUCAGUGACUCGUGCUUUGAGGCUCUGGUCAAGGAGAACGCCAGGCGACUGAUGCAGGAUCCACCCUUGGAAGAGACUGAGUCACCUGUGGCUGGAUCCCGCCGCUUGGCCAUGAAAGAAUCAAAAAUGCUUUGGGAAAUGCAGGCCAAGACACAGGGAUUUUCCCAAAUGGCCAAGAGGAACCAGGAUUUAGAGCUCGUCCAGAAGGGGAAGAAGAGCACAACCAAGAAAUUGCGGCUCACCAGGGAAAUGAAGGAAGAGGCCUUUGAGAAAUACCUGCAGAUCUUCUACAAGAAACAACCCAAAAUUGAGAUCCCUGAGGAGGACACCUUUAAUGCGGAUGAGGUGCUGGAAGUGCUGUGUCGGGCUGAUUCCGUCUCUGAGCUGUAUGGGCCAGAUGGCAUGUUCUUGGGGUGUUUCCGUCAACCAUCUGUCCUGAAAGCUGCCAACCAGAUGUUGGAGGGUGCCAGCUCCCUUGCCCAUGGAAGCGGACAGAUUUCCUCCACACUCCCAUCUCGCAUCAGAGAGGCUUUAUUCCUGCUUCCUCCCAUGAGAAAGGUCACAAGUGCACAGAUGGGUGUCAGAGGAAAGGCAGAGCAGCCUUCAGAAGAAGUGCAAGAGCUCCUGCUGCCACUGCCAAGCCCCUCGCUUGGGGCCUCCCAGCACAUCUUUGGUCCUGGCCCAGAGGAAGCAGCCAAGUCGCAGUCCUCCUUGAGAGCUACUUCUCGAGGCCUCCUGCUCUCUGCCGUUGACUCCAGGGAGGGGCGGAUCAAGGCCCGUAAGGAGCAGUUUGAUAAAGACUUGGACAUGAUUAAAGAGUCUGAAACUGUGCUUCAAGUCUUGCCCUCUUCGCAAGUCUCCUUGUCCCCCAGUUCCACCGUGGACCACACCAAGAGCGAGAAGAGUGUUGUCUUCAAGGAGUCUCCUUCGCCAGACAAGAGCCAGGACUCCCCCCGGUCCCUGAGCUCUCCUUCCCGUAUGAGGAGCCCAACAUCUUCUGUGACCAUCAAGGGCUUCUUUCCGGAGAGGCCGCCGACAAGCAGCCAGGACCAUCUCAAGCUGCAGACGGUUACCAGGCUAAGCUCUGGCUCAAAUUCAGCUGUCUUUCCUGGCCUUUUUUCUGUUUGUGCAGGGUCACAGGAACAAGAGAGCCAGCCAGGUUUACUGCUGCCCAGGAUAUCAUCUGGGUUCAUCCCCAAUUCAGUGGCUGCCUUGCAGUUUUAUAGUCAGAAACUGCUUAUGGAGGACAGAGAAGAGACAUUUGUGAGGGUGAUAGGACCCGAGGAGGUGCCAGAGAGCUCUUCUGGCUCAAGAAUCCUCGCAGAGUGGAAGGUUGUCAUGGGUGAAGAUGAGCAGCCGUCGCCAGAGAGAGGCGUUUCAGCAGCGGGCAGCUUAGCCAAGUCCAGGAGCAAGAAGAGCAUGCCUGAGGUUUUCAUGACUCAGCUGGACGAGUCUCAGUACCGAGACCUGGAGGCAGAGCCACCGUCCUUCAUCGUGCCCUUCAUGGACAUGGCGUGGUUCAUGGCGCUUUUUCCUGAGGGCUUUCCACCAGGGAUGAGUUUGAAUCAGUUUUUGACAAAGCUCCUGGCAUCCUUGGUCAGCGCAGACUUUGGCACAAAGGUGGACCUAGUUGAAGCCAUCGUGAGCCUGAAAGAGAAGAUGGGGAAUCGGAUGAAAGAUGCCUUCCACGAUACCCUUAUUCAGGUCCUGAACAAGAAGAGUGACACUCCCUCUUUCCAGGAAAGGAAACAGAGGAAGUUCAUCUGGUCUGCCCUGCGUGCCCUCAUGACUAUCAGAAAGGACAGCAAGGAGCUGAUGGUGGAGCUGAUGACCUAUUACUUGAAGUCUCCUGUCCCUGCCAGGAUGAUGGUUAAGGAUCUGAUGAAGGAGGUGGGAGUUCAGGAUCCUCACAACUAUUUCUACAAGGAAUUGGACUGCUGGCAGGUGGAGGAAACUGACAGCAAAGAGGCAAUGCGGGGAACCUGUGACCAGUGGCUGGAAGGGUUGAUGCAGGAGCUCCAGGAGCACAGAGGCCACAUUUUGGGGCAGAAGGAUCCAUCUGGAAGGAAGCGUUUCUUUCAGCAUUUCCAGAAGGAGCAGAGCAGCUCCACAGUGGACUAUGAGGGGCACCCAGAGAGCAAAUACUCCUUCCCUGAGAGCUACAAAGAGGUGCAGGGCGGUGUGGACCAGGAAGGUCAACCAGAGAGGAAAUAUUCCUUGGAGAGCAACAAAGAGGGGCAGGCGGAGGAAGACCUGGACAACAAGGAGCAGGCAGCGAGGAGGAAGUCCUUGGAGGAGGAGGACGGUGAUCAGGAGGAGGAGAGUCCACAGGAACAGGUGGAUGGUGAUAAGAUGGAUCAAGAGGAGCAGCCAGAGAGGAGGGAUCCAAGAGACGUGGAGGCCAAGGCUGCUCAGUGCUGGAUGCAGGCAGUGCUCCCCAUAGAUGCUAUCCAUUACUUCACUGAAAAGGUGUUGGCAAGAGAGCUGGAGGAGAUGAAGUGGCUGGUCUCUUCUGCACUAGACAGCCCCAGGGACACCGUCAUGGCCUUGCCCCCAAUUAAGAAGAAACGUGCCAUCCUGCGACUUGGAGAAACGAACACAAUGUUGAGGAAAAGAAUAGCUGAGCGCUUCUACUUCCCGUACAUCUUCCCACGUUAUCUCAUGAAAGGAUUUGUACCCUUUAUGAAACUUCCGCUGCCGAAAAUCAACUUGGAUCCGUUCCCGCCCACUCUGGAGAGGCCAGCUUCACCAAAGUCAUUUACUGCCAUGCAGCAGUUAGUACGGAAAUAUUUCAUCCCAAAGUUUUCAUAUGCUGACAGCUAUCCUUAAAGUCUCCAAAGGCUUGCAAGACUCUGGACUGGAGACACCCGACUUCCACAGGGGAGGGGAGAUUGCUCCAGACUGGGAAUGGGGGAUGGAGAACAGGUUUAACGGGCCUUGGUGCCCCCCCCAAUUCAAAGAGAUGGCAAUAAUGGGAGACAGGCCAUCUGCCACAGACCUGCCCAGAUAAAAUGAAAACCCAAAGUGAAGGCAUGGCACAAAUAAAAGCAAAUA